AUGGCCAAGUUAGUUAAAUCGAGUGUUAAGUUUGUUUGUGCAGUUUUUACAAUAAGUGCUGAUCAAAGCUUUCCAGAAAAUGAAAUAAUUGUGCACCAGCGCAAUAAAAACAUUGUCUCUUUAAAUAAUGUUGAUAAGCGAGUUGAGCCGUUUACUUACCCAUUAUUUUACCCAGCCGGCACGGAUGGUUUUAGCCCAGAUUUACAGUUACAAACGCCUUAUUCCAGCCGCAGUCAUUUAACUCGGCUUGAAUUGGCACAAUACAGACUUUUGUUUCGACCAGAGUUUGUUAAAUUUUUAACAGAAUCUUCAUCAACAGAAGUACCCGAUUCAUUGCAAAUAAAAUUAGAAGAUGGAACAAUCUUGCAACAGCUUCCACAGGAUCGUCCUGACAUCGUAGCUCGAGCUGCUAAGUUAAAAUUUGACCAAAUAAUAGAAGAUUUAUAUAAAAAACAAGUGUUUGGAAAGGUAUCGGCUUUUGUAUAUACUAUAGAAUUUCAGAAACGAGGCUUACCACACAUGCAUCUGCUUAUAAUUAUGACAUCUGAUGACAAGAUUCAUCAACCAGAAGAGCUCGAUGACUUGAUUUCAUCUGAAAUACCCCGAAAUGAUGACUUAGAGUUAAGAGAAUUAGUACUCCAAUUGAUGAUUCACAACCCAUGUGGCGAUUUAAAUCCCAAUGCAACGUGUAUGGUUCAUAAAAACGGAAGAACAAAAUGUCGAUUCGACUUUCCAAAAUCGUACCAGGAAGUUACUUUAGUAGAUAAUGGUAAACCAAAUUACCGACGACGCUACAAUCCACAGUUGGACCCACAUAGUCCCCAAUUUUCACACGAACAUGCGGUUUAUCGUAAAGACAUAAACGGUCGUCGUAUAACACAAGAUAAUCGUCAUGUAGCCCCCUACAACGCAUAUUUAUUGAAAAAA